UCAGUUAACUUUCGUCUCUCACUGCACUCGGACUCUGAUUAGACGCAUCAAUUAAAGCACGUGACGUUCAAGAAAAAAAAUUAUGAUAAUUCGAAACUUAUUUGUUUGGAGCUUUUUUGUUCUUUGUUUCGUGUCAAUUCGCGUUUUUGCUGACAGUGAUUGGAUUUUGGAAGCUGAACGAAUCGUCGAUCCACGAGUGAAUCCCGUAUUGGCAAAUGGACACAUUGGGUUUACGGUUUUUGACUCUUCCGUUUACAUGAAUGGACUUUACAAUGGCGCCGGAGCUAAAACGCAUCGUGCCCGCAUCGAAAAUCACGCAAACUUGCAGAUGGAACUUUGCAGCACAAAACGGAAAAUGGCAACAAAGUGUCGUUAUCGCUUCAACAUUCGCACGGGAAUUUUCGAAGUUGUCUUCGACAGUGUCGAUUUCAAGGUCAAACAUGAGGUUUUCCCGCAUCGGUAUUACACGCGGACCAUCGUGAACCGUUUCACGCUCGAACGGAAGACCAGCAAGGAGGACAUUCGCAUCCCGGUUAGCAUGGAUCCCGGCAAUAUCGGCUUGGAUUUGUCGUUUCCCGAGCGAAAUGUCUUCGUGGUGAACGGAAUUAAUGUCACGAUGGAGUCUGGGCACACGUUGGCGGUCGAAAAUGAGGAAUUUCAGAAGGAGCCGCACAAAUUGACUUUUGCUUUUACGAAAUGCCGUGAAUUGGUGAUGCCGGCACGGGAAUAUCGACUGACACAACAUGCCUUUAUGACAAUUGACCCGGAAGAGACGGUCGUGCGGAGGGAAAUUGAACGCGUGAUUUUUGACAGUCAAGUUGUGGAGCGACACGAAAAGGAAUGGAUCGCGUUUUGGGACAAGUUUGACAUUGAAGUUGAGAGUCGCAUCGAAUUGGCCCCGAAAAUUCGUUCAAGUAUCUACAACGUCGUGAGCAACUUACCAUCUCCCAGCUCCUUCAAAGACCAUCGCCCCUUCUACGGCGUUUCCAGUUCCGGUCUCGGCGACGUCAACGAAGACAAUCAACUCCAAGGUCGCAUCACGUGGGACCAAGAAAUGUACAUGUUGCCCGCCGUCUUGCUCAUCAACCCGCAAUGGAGCGAAGAAAUGCUGAAUUAUCGGUAUCGCGUGCACGCCAAAGACCCUCUUUCGGACGGCGGAUGGGUCUACUACUGGGAAACGGCGUUCACGGGUCAACAUUUGGACGUUUUUCGCGAAAUGAUGAAAUCGACGCACGUUCCAGCCGACGUUGCCUUUGCGACGCGUCUUCAUCUCGCGGCGACGCACGACAAAGAUUGGUUUUAUCGCGAGGGCUGCGAGUUGGCGUUCAACACGGCGAAAUAUUGGGCAGCGCGAACGGAGUUUAAUGCAACCACGGACUUGUAUGACUUGAAAAAUGUGCGAUCGACGACAAAUUUGGAUGAUCAGGUGACAAAUAAUGCCUUUGUGAAUGUCGCGGUGGCGUAUAAUUUGUAUCUCGGUGAAUUUGCGGCUUGCAUGUGCAAAAGUCAUCUGGAGGGCAAGAAGGGCUUGAAGACGAAUUGGAAUGAAAUUGCGCGGAGUCUGACACUUCCUUACGACGAUAAGGAUGAAUUGGUUAAGGAACAUUCCGCGUAUGAGGAGUACAUUAGGACGGCAGCUGCUGACAUGGCGCUCAUCAAUUAUCCGUUGAUGUAUCCGUUGGAAGAUAAAAUCAAACGCAACACAUUGGCCCAUUACCGCAAACUCCAAGUAAAAAAUAGUCCGCCAACCACCUGGGCAUCUCACUUAAUCUCCGAUCUCGAAGUGGACAACGUCAAGGAAGCGAUUUCCUUAUUUUACGACAUCAAUACUCUCUACAUGGAACGUCCUUUCAUGGUUUGGACCGAUCGCGUUGCCAGCUUGGAUCGCAUCAACAAUUUCGUGAGUGGCGCCGCAGCUUACAUGCAAAUUUACAUGAACGGAUAUGCCGGCAUCAAGUUACAUUUUGACCGAAUGGAGAUCAAACGACCUCAAUUGCCGCCAGAUUCGUCAAAAUUGAAGAUCAAAGGCGUGAAUUACUUGACGGCGCGCUUCGAUGUGACGGUGCGACAAGAUAAUUUUAGUCUGACAGUGCGAGAAAUGCCGAAAGAUGACAUAAAAUUGAGUGUGGAACGGGAAGAUGGACUUACCUAUGUCUUUAACAAAGUCGGUGACACAAUUGUACUUGGAAUUAACUCAACAAUCGCGAUAAAAGAGGCAAAUUACCCGUAUGGCGAAUGCACAAUGCCCAAAAAUAUCAUCGGCGUACCACGGAAGAUGAUGAGUCUCUUGCCCUUGCGAGAACGGGCACGUGCCAAUGGAGGUCGUGUCAUUGUCGGAUGUCUCCUGUUUGCUUUUAUUGCCGUUUUGUGUGCCUUUGCCUUCCUGCUCUACAAGCGACAUGGCAACAUUUUCCCCUCAGAUGCCGUGCGAUACGUUCGAAAUGUGUAAAUUGUUUGUUUUUUGUCUCGUGAUCCAAAAAAAAAAAAAUUGUUAAAAUUUAUUUGUAAGUACAUUGACUACAUUCCCCCUUUGAAGAAAAAAAAAAGAAUUUUUUAGGAAAUUUUCAUCCUGAAACUAUAAAAUUAUGUUAAGAGACGUAGAUGUAAGAAAAAAAAGGAGAAGACCUACAAAAAAUAUUAAAAAAUAUUAUUAUUAUAGAGAAAGAAGGACACAAAGUUAACUCAUUCAAAGUUUUUGUACGAAUGUAUUUUGUAUGUACAAUAAAAAAAAAGAAAAAAUU